CGCAGCACACUUUGUCUGCACUACCCUCUUUCCAACAAUCAAUCACGCAGAUGAUCAAGAAUCAUAUAUGGCCCUGCCCACUUUGCUCGAAAAGAGUCGGUCUGCACGUGAGCAAGCUCAUCUUCGAUGUGUAGGUCGUGUAGCUUGGUGCAGCCACCGUCCGAGAGCGGAUUGAGCCACCCCGAGGUGUGGCCAGGCGGCAAGCGGCCACCAGAGCCUAUGGUCAAGGCCGCCAACCUCUCCAGAGAUAUCACAGUCUCCGCCCUGAAGCAGGCCCUCAGCAAGUGGGGUGUGGACGGCAUCAAGGAGGUCUUGCUCGCUGACAGCCGCUUCGGUCAAGUUGCGCUCUUCCUCUUCAAGGAGGUGGAGAAGGCUCAGCUGAUGAUGAUGGCGCAGGGCGUGGAAGUGGAGGGCCGCCCGCUGAUGCUGGAGUUCCUGCCGGCCACGAAAGCAGAGAAGAAAGCAAAGGAGGCAUCCCGCGCCACUGAGCUGCUGCAGGUGAGCGGUUUGCCCAAGAAGAUGGAGAAGAACGAGCUGGUGACGCACCUUCGCUCCCAUGGCGUUCUGGGCAUCUCGCAAGUUGUGCUGCAGAAAAACCAUGAAGCGAUCGUCCGCUUCAAUGAGGAACGCGACGUUCCCAAAGCCAUCUCCAAGGCCAACAACACGACCUUCAAGGAGAAGAAGCUGAAGCUGGAGCCGCUGCUUGCACACUGGGAUGUGCUUUUUCCGCACGGUGAGCCACUCGACUUUUGUGAGCCAAGUGGGUACGCCCAAGGUGACUCAAGCCAUCAGGACCGAAGAUGGACGGAAGGCAAAGGCGGCUAUGGCGGCCAUGGCAGCUACAGCAGUCAUGGCGGCUACGGCAAUCAUGGCGGCUACGGCAAUCAUGGCGGCUACGGUGGCCCUGCCCAUGCCGCUGAUGGGUCACAGUCGCAGGCAUCGCCAGGCAGUUGGCAUGGUUCAAAAGGAGGUGAGUAUAGCCAACACGGAGCCUAUGGAGGCUACGGUGCUUGGCCAGGUUACGGCUCGCAUCGUGGAGCGCCAUACUGAGCGGAGGAUGGUGUUCGAAUCACGCAUUCGCCGCAAAAUGAGUGCCGGCAAC